GAUUAAAUCCCUAAACUACGUCGUUUUAAUUUAAAAAAAAAAACAAAACAGUUUCUCUUGACCGUAAUCGAACCUCCCCACGAUUCAAACUUGUCACACUCAUCAGCCAGCCACCACCAGCUGCCACUCACCCUCUUCUCCUCGCCGUGGAAUCUCUGGUCGGACACAUCGCCGUCGCUCAUCUUGUCGGCUCGCGUCUUCUGUCUGGGGCCUCUGCUGACGUCGCCGUUGCUCACCUCUACGUGCUUCUUCUCUCGGUCACCUCACCCGCGUCCCUCUCCUUGCUACUGCACGGUUCGUCUACUUCGUCUCUGUUGAAAGCGCUGCGAGCGGUAACAGAGCUACUAACUAAACUACUGAAGAAAUUGGUAAGAUCAAUUUGUUAUGGUGUUGAGGAAAGAGGGAUGCACAAGUUCAGAAAUUUCAAGAGGAGCUUUUCAUUCCUGAAAAGUCAGAGUCUUACUCAGUCUCGAUUCAAUGAACGUUGCGAUGGUAACAAACUCGAAGAGGCCAUCGAUGUUUUGUGUCAACAAAACCGUCUCAACGAAGCCAUUGAGUUGCUCCACCAAAUUCAUCGACCCUCCCCUCGCAUUUACUCCACCCUCAUUGCCGCUUGCGUUCGCCAUCGAGCUCUCCAAGAGGGUAAAAUGGUCCAUGCUCACACCAAAGCUUCCGAGUUUGUUCCUGGGAUCUCCAUCUCAAAUCGUUUGCUUGAUUUGUAUUCCAAAUGUGGCAGCCUCGGUGAUGCCCAGAAGCUGUUUGAUGAAAUGAUUCACAGGGAUUUGUGCUCUUGGAACACCAUGAUUGCUGGGUAUGCCAAAAUUGGACGCCUUCAUCAAGCUAGAAAACUGUUUGAUGAAAUGCCCCAAAGAGAUAACUUCUCCUGGAAUGCUGUAAUAUCUGGUUAUGUCAGGCAUGGUUGUCCUUGGGAAGCUCUGGAGUUGUUUAGAAGCAUGCAGAAUCACGAGAGUUCGAAUUCGAAUAAGUUCACCUUGUCCAGUGCUCUGGCUGCUUCAGCUGCGAUUCUGUGUUUGCGUCUUGGGAAGGAGAUUCAUGGCUACUUGACACGAACUGGUUUGGACUCGGACGAGGUAGUUUGGAGUGCACUUUUGGAUUUGUAUGGCAAAUGUGGGAGCUUGAAUGAAGCUAGGGGUAUCUUUUAUAAGAUGGCAAACAAAGAUGUAGUUUCAUGGACUACCAUGAUUCAUAGAUGUUUUGAAGAUGGAAGAAAGGAAGAGGGAUUUUCCUUAUUCAGAGAGUUGAUGGGGUCAGGCAUUAGGCCAAAUGAGUAUACAUUUGCUGGAGUUUUAAAUGCAUGUGCUGGCCAUGCCGUUGAACACUUAGGAAAGGAGGUUCACAGUUACAUGGUCCGAAUAGGGUGUGACCCGUGUUCGUAUGCCGUGAGUGCACUUGUUCAUUUGUACUCAAAGUGUGGGAAUAUUGAAAAUGCCAGAAGGGUGUUCAACCAAAUGCCUCGGCCAGGUUUGGUAUCAUGGACUUCUCUUAUUGCUGGUUAUGCUCAGAAUGGUCAACCAGACGAAGCUCUUCGGUUAUUUGAAUUAUCGCUUCGAUCGGGUACUAAGCCCGAUCAAGUUGUCUUUGUUGGGGUUCUUUCUGCUUGUACUCAUGCUGGGUUAGUGGACAAGGGUUUAAAAUAUUUCCAUUCAAUAAAGGAGAAGCAUGGGUUGAUGCAUACUGCAGAUCAUUAUGCAUGUGUUAUUGAUUUAUUGGCACGAUCUGGACGGUUUAAAGAGGCAGAGGAUAUCAUUGAUAAAAUGCCAAUAAAACCUGAUAAGUUCCUUUGGGCAGCCUUACUUGGAGGAUGUAGAAUACAUGGAAACCUUGAAUUGGCUGAAAGGGCAGCAAAUGCAUUAUUCGAGAUAGAGCCAGAGGACCCAGCUACGUACAUCACUUUAGCUAAUAUUUACGCUAAUGCCGGUCUGUGGACUGAGGAAGCCAAGGUUAGAAAGACUAUGGAAAGUAGGGGAAUAGUGAAGAAGCCGGGUAAGAGCUGGACUGAGAUCAAGAGACAGGUGCAUGUCUUCCAGGUAGGAGAUACAUCCCACUCCAAAAUAUGUGAUAUUCAUGCAUUCCUAGGAGAAAUCUCAAAGAAAAUGAAGGAGAAAGGCUAUAUUCCGGACACAAACUUUGUGCUACGGGAUGUGGAGGAGGAGCAGAAAGAGCAAAACCUUGUUUACCACAGUGAGAAGCUUGCCGUUGCCUUUGGAAUCAUUUCAACCCCUCCAGGAACUCCUAUCAAGGUUUAUAAAAAUUUAAGAACUUGCGUAGAUUGUCACACCGCCAUGAAAUAUAUAUCAAAGAUUGUUCAAAGAAAAAUAAUAGUGAGAGAUUCAAAUAGAUUUCAUUAUUUUGAGGAUGGAAGCUGCUCAUGCCAAGACUAUUGGUAACGUCGUGCCAAGCAUGAGUGUAAUGACAUCUUCAAUAUAUGAUUUUGCCAGAAAGCAGCCUUGGGGGAUUGCAUUGACAAUCAUCUUUUCCUCUAUCCCUAUCAUUUAAGAGGGUACCUCUAUCAAGCAAAAUUUUCAGAUACCACAUUGCAACGAGGCAUGAAAUGUUCAAUAAAUGAUGGAAUUAUGCUGUACAGGAUCACCUAUUGAUAAAGAGAGGGAUCUCAGGAGAGUAUAUGUGGCAGGAGUAUUAUUCAUUUAUGAAUUAUGUAUAUACAGCAAGACAGGGUUAUUUGUGGGUUCUGUAUUUAACUCCAUGUAAAAGUGGUAACUUAUUAGCAUUUCAAUUUAUCGGUUGCAAUGUUCUUCUGGAA